GGAAAAUAGUUACAGCAAUCGUUCUCUCUCCACUGGAUGGAGUAUAUUACAUUUGCAUGAAAAAUUUAAAUGCGGAUGUAGACAACUGACCAGAAAUGCAGAAACAAGACAGAGUUUUUUUAACGCCAGAAUAAGAGUAAGAGAGGAGAUUGAGAAUGCAGUAUCUGCAUCGCAUACUCGAAGCCACCAAUUUUAUCUCCCACAGUAACUUCUGAUUAGAAAGAAAUCACAGAUGGACGCUACUUCCCUCUAAGAAAGGAAAAAUCCAAGAACUACUUAUACAGCAGUAGCAAAUUGCCAUAAGAAAAACACCCGCGUCGUACUAAUAAAACCAAACGAGCCCAUCUGCAUCACCACCCCUUAGCUAACAGCAACUCCUCCGAAUACAAUAAUAAUAAUUAAUGAAAGUUCUCUUGGAUCCAGAUCUUCUGCUUUUUCUCUAUAAACAAAACAUGGGGUUCCCCCCUCUACAAUCCCAAAGAACUGAUCAUCCUCUGCUCUUUGCUCCCAGCAGCAAAGCAGUCAGCAAUGCCUGCACCCUUAAGAAAUCCUUUACUUUCUCCUCCCCUCAAUUACUUCUUCUUCACCUCACUUCUCUCAAUAAACUAUCUAUUCUUUUCUCCUUGCUACUCCAUUGAUGUGCAGGGCCAAGCUCUUCUGACAUGGAAGAACAGUUUAAACAACUCAAGAUACGCACUGAAAUCUUGGAACCCUUCAGACCAAAGUCCCUGCAAUUGGUUUGGGAUACAAUGCAACUCAAAUGGCCAAGUUGUCAAGAUAAGCCUGAAAUCAGUUGACUUGCAGGGCCCAUUGCCUUCAAACUUACAACCUCUCAAGUUCUUAAACACUCUCAUCCUUACAUCAGCCAAUCUAACAGGCGCAAUUCCAAAAGAGUUUGGAGAUUACCAGGACCUGACUUUCGUCGAUGUCAGUGACAAUUCAAUCUCAGGAGAAAUCCCACUGGAAAUCUGCAAACUGAGCCAGCUUCAAACUUUGUAUCUUAAUACAAAUUUUCUCGAGGGUAGCAUACCUUCAGAAAUAGGAAAUUUGUCGAGUCUCAAGGUUCUUACCCUCUUUGACAAUCAGCUUAGUGGUGAAAUCCCAACAAGCAUAGGACAGCUGCGGAAUCUUGAGGUGUUCAGAGGUGGUGGGAAUCAAAAUCUUAAAGGCCAGCUGCCUUCAGAGAUUGGAAACUGCUACAACUUGAGAGUGUUAGGCGUUGCUGAAACAAGUAUUUCAGGAACGCUGCCAUCCUCGAUAGGGAUGCUGAAAAGAAUUCAAACAAUCGCCAUUUAUACAUCCCAGUUGUCUGGCCCCAUACCAGAAGAGAUCGGAAAUUGCACUGAGCUGCAGAACCUCUAUCUAUACCAGAAUUCCUUAUCUGGUUCGAUACCAUGGCAAAUAGGAAACCUCAGAAAGCUUCAAAGUCUGUUACUCUGGCAGAAUAGCAUCGUCGGUUUGAUUCCUUACGAGCUUGGAAACUGUAAGGAUCUCAAAGUUGUCGAUUUUUCUGAAAAUCUCCUAACAGGAAGCAUGCCUACAAGUCUGGGAGGGCUUUCUAUGCUUGAAGAGCUCCAGUUGAGUGUUAAUCAAUUAACAGGUACUAUACCUUCUGAAAUCUCAAACUGUACAGCUCUGACUCAUUUCGAAAUCGACAACAAUGGUAUUUCAGGAGAGAUUCCAACUCAAAUUGGCCAAUUAAAGAGCUUGACUCUGUUCUUUGCCUGGCAGAAUAAGUUAACAGGCAACAUUCCAGAUUCUUUAUCAGAAUGUGAGAACCUUCAGGCUCUUGAUCUUUCUUACAACCUCCUCUUUGGUUCAAUUCCAAAACAGAUCUUUGCAUUACAAAAUCUAUCUAAAGUGCUACUUCUUUCCAAUGAAUUAUCAGGUUUCUUACCACCUGAUAUUGGAAACUGUACAAACUUGUAUAGAUUUAGGGUGAAUAGCAACAGGCUGGGGGGUACUAUUCCAUCAGAAAUUGGAAAUUUAAAAAGUUCGAAUUUUUUUGAUAUGAGUAAGAACCAUUUUGUCGGAGGAAUCCCGCCCUCAAUAUCUGGAAGUGAAAACCUUGAGUUUCUUGAUCUCCAUUCAAAUGCACUCUCUGGUUCUUUGCCUGAUACUCUGCCCAAAAGCCUACAGUUCCUGGAUAUCUCAGACAAUGGGUUUACUGGUCCUUUGAGCCCUUCAGUUGGGACGCUAACUGAAUUAACCAAACUUAAUCUAGCAAAAAAUCAAUUUUCUGGCAGAAUUCCGGCAGAAAUCCUCUCUUGCAGUAAGCUACAGUUGAUUGAUCUGGGAAACAACGCAUUCUCUGGUAAUAUACCAAAAGAACUGGGUCAAAUUUCAUCACUUGAAAUCUCUCUAAACCUCAGCUGUAACCAAUUUACUGGUGAGAUCCCAACUGAAUUUUCAGGCCUUAGCAAAUUGGCCAUCCUUGAUAUCUCCCACAACCAGCUCGCUGGGAAAUUAGAUGUCCUCACUGACCUUCAGAACCUUGUUUCCCUUAACAUCUCAUUCAAUGACUUCUCCGGUCAAUUGCCUGACACCCCUUUCUUUCGUAAACUUCCCCUCAACGACCUUGCUGGAAACCAAGAUUUGUACAUAUCUGGUGCAGUUGUAACUCCAGCUGAUGCCAUGGGGUCAGGUGGACAUGCAAAAUCGGCUAUGAAACUGGCGAUGCCAAUUCUCAUCAGUGCGAGUGCGGUGCUAGUACUUCUUGCAGCGUACAUGUUAGUGAGAACCCGUAUCGCCGACGGCAGGCAGAUGGAAGUUGACACUUGGGAAAUGACAUUAUAUCAGAAGAUGGAAUUUUCAGUGGAUGACAUAGUACGCAGUUUAACAUCUGCCAAUGUCAUUGGCACUGGGAGCUCCGGAGUUGUGUAUAGGGUCACAAUCCCAAGUGGGGAAACUUUAGCAGUCAAGAAAAUGUGGUCAUCAGAUGAAUCAAGAGCAUUCACAUCCGAAAUUCAGACACUGGGUUCGAUCCGGCAUAAGAACAUCGUCCGCCUCCUGGGAUGGGGUUCAAAUCAGACCUUAAAACUGCUUUUCUAUGAUUAUCUUCCUAAUGGCAGCUUGAGCUCACUCCUUCAUGGUGCUGGGAAAGGAGCAGCCGAAUGGGAGACCAGAUAUGAAGUCAUCCUUGGAGUUGCCCACGCACUUGCGUAUUUGCACCAUGAUUGUGUGCCUCCCAUUAUGCAUGGGGAUGUCAAAGCCAUGAACGUGUUGUUAGGUCCUCGAAUGGAGCCCUAUCUUGCUGACUUUGGGUUGGCUAGACUAGUCAAUGGCCAGAGUGAUUCUGACAUGUUAAGGCAGCAGAGCCAGAGGCCGCAACUUGCUGGUUCUUAUGGAUAUAUGGCCCCAGAACAUGCUUCGAUGCAACGUAUCACUGAAAAGAGUGAUGUAUACAGCUUUGGGGUGGUCCUGUUAGAGGUUUUGACAGGGAGGCAUCCAUUAGAUCCAACACUGCCAGGGGGUGCUCAUUUAGUACAGUGGGUUCGCGACCACUUACACAACAAGAAGGAAUCUGCUGAAAUUCUUGAUCCGAAGCUCAGAGGCAGAGCCGACCCUCAGAUGCAUGAAAUGCUACAGACGCUAGCUGUUUCAUUUCUCUGCGUGAGCUCACGCGCCGAUGAUCGUCCAAUUAUGAAAGAUGUUGUGGCCAUGCUCAAAGAAAUUCGACAUGUAGAUCCAACAAGAUCAGAGCCUGAUUUGCUCAAGGGAGGUUUAAUGGCUUCUCCUAAAUCGCCUCCCACUCGGAAGGUGAUUUCACAAGGGUCUUCUAAUUGCUCUUUCACAUUCUCUGAUGAUUCAAUCUAAGCAAGCUUUGAAAGAUAUGAUGCUGUGUAUAUUAUUGCAUAGGAAAAUCCAUCGAAAGCUUGGCAGAGAUACUGUAGAGUGGAUUGUAUUUUUCCUGCCACAUAUUUUUGUUACUGUAGUGUGUAUUUUCCUAGGUAUAGUAAUUGCUGUAAGAGUGGAAUGAUUAUUUUUAUCAGCGUAAAGUUUCAAACAAGAAGCAAGUAUAUCUCAAAUGGUACCGUGUAAAA